GCCUCGCAGGCGUCCCACCCCACCAAGCCACCUCAGCCAGCACAGCCGCUCAAAUUCGAGAUUCUUUUGAGGGUAGCCCCAUUCGCCAAGCUUCCUUGAGUUCCACCUCUGCUGUAACAUGGCCGAGCAAGCCAUUAUCAUUGACCAUGGCUCCGGCUUCCUGAAGAGCGGCCUGUCUGGCUGGAAUGAGCCCCAGAUGGUCUUUCCAAGCGUGGUCAACUACAUUCCAUGCCAGGAGAACCCUGGUCCUAGCUCCGCCCGCCGGAAGGUGAGCUUGGGCUUCGACUUUAACCAUCCCAGAUCUUUCAGCUAUCCCAUCGAGCGUGGCCGCAUUGUCAACUGGGAGGGCGUGGAGCAGUUGUGGUCGUUCGUCCUGGAGAAGUACCGGGAAAAGCGCGAGGAUGCCCCCGUGAUUGUCACACAGAGCCCCUUGUGGGAGCCAGCAGACCGACACCACACCCUGGAGGUGAUGUUUGAGCUACUGGAUGUCCCGUCGCUGCUCUUGGCCAACCAGAUGGAGAUGUCCCUGUACUCUUCGGGCCUCAUGACGGGUGUGGUGCUGGAUUCGGGCUAUGGCCUGACCCGUGUGCAGUCCUUCCAUCAGGGCCGCCCCUUUGCUGCCAGCGGGAAGACGCUGAAGCUCGCUGGCCAAGACCUCAUUGCCUAUCUCUUUAACGGCCUCUUCACAGAGGACUACAGCAGCUGCAACAUGUUCCAGCUGGAGACGGUGACCAACACACAGAUGAGCAAAUGCUAUGUGCCGCAGAACCUGGCCGAGGAGCUGAACUUAAGCCAGAGCAUGCCCAGUGGCAUCCGUGAGAGCAACGUGUGUCUCAUGCCCAAUGGCCGCCCUGUGGAGCUGACCCCCAUGCAGCUCAUGGCACCUGAGAUGUUCUUCAGUCCGCAGCUGUUCGACCAACCAGGUCCCAGCUUCUCCAAGGCUGUGAUAGAGUCAGUCAAGACGUGCGAGGACCCACUGCAGCAGCCGGUCCUCUCCCAUGUGGUGACCUGUGGUGGCAACACGCUGUACCCUGGCUUUAUCCAGCGCCUCUACCAGGAACUGCUCGAGCACUUCUUAUUUCCUAAGACCACCAUGUGGGAGAACGUCAAUCGCAACUUCAGUGUCUGGCUUGGGGCCUCCGUCGUGGCUCAUCUGUCCUCCUAUAAAUCCGAGUGGAUAACCAGGGAGGAGUACAAUGAGAUGAUUCGUUCUUAGUUUCAGGGAGAUGGUUAGAGUGGAUGGGGUGGGAUGAGUUGGUUUUGAUUGUUUUUAGAUUCUGAGCUUUUAUCUGUGUUGCAGGGUGGGAUCCCAGCUGGGGCGGACGGAGAGUCAGUCCUAGGCGGGGGCGACUGAUGGCUACUUCAGUAGCAGCUGAAUGUUUGCCGAUCCCUUCCUGGGGCUGUUACACU